UGAUGGAUGAAUUUAUAUUUUUUAGUCAUGCGGACGAGUGUCGCUGUGUCAAUGCGUGUUGAAUGCCUUGAGCAGCCUGCCGAUGCCAUCCGUCAUGUCCAAUCUGCUCACCUGUCUUCUCAAAGAGGAACACGCCACAUCGCUCUCCCAAGCAAAGGCAGUACUGGAGUUAUGGCUGUGGGGCCCAGGCGACAUGCCGUUAACGGGUGACCGACAGACGAGCCUGCAACGCUGGCUGGACCUGGAACGAGCCAACAUGUUGCAGACACUUGUGCCGCGACCUCACUCCGCCCCGCGCUCCCACCUCGCCUUUCUCGUGCACACUAGUGCCAAGGUCAUGGCUGACGCUGCCGCUUUGUUCGACAUGCAUGCCAACGAGACAUCCGGCGUUUGAACAUAACAAUUGUCUGCAGAAGGCUGUCUGUUCGGUGUGAGGCAACCUUUUUCUGCAUAUUUGUCGUCGUCUGGUGUAUGAACGCAGCCUUGCCUGCGUACGGCUGUCUGUGCAGAGUGGGGCAGCAACCUUUAUCAGUCUAUUCGUCGAUGUCCGGCGUAUGAACGAAACACCAUCUGUGUGGUAUGGGUCAACCUUUUUCUGACUAUUUGUCGACGUCCGGUAUAUGAACACGAACUUUGUCUAACUAGACGUCCAGAGUUUGAACGCAAGCUUGUCUACGUACAGCCGUCUUUUACGGUGUGCCCAACCUAUAUCUGCCUAUUUGUUUUUGAACAGACCUCGUGUCUCCAUUGCAUUUAUGUGAAUUAUCAAUGAUUUGUGUCAACAAAUAAUAAGUAAUAAUAAUAUUAAGU